AUGCAGAAGCAGUUGGACGCCCUGCUCAAAGACAAGGAGAAGGACACCAAGCAGCAGGUUCAGUCCGCCCCUCCAGGUGGUGGCGGCGGCAGUGGCAACGGUGGCCCGUCGUUCAAGGAGGUUCUCAGCUUCCUGCAGGCAAAGGGCAUACAGGGCGAGCUGGUGGCCUCGGUCACAGCUGCGCAGCAACGAGAGGUCGCCGAGCACCCACCCUCCGUGGUCACGGCUCGCUGGCGGGUCGAGAACCUGCGAAAGAAGAACGAGAAGUUCGAGCAGCAGCUACGGAAGCUUCAAGAGCGUCGAGCUGCCCUCGAUGAGGAAGAGGCAGCCAUCAAGGCCUCUGUGGAGUCGAUUCGCCGAGACCUGUCACAAGCUGAAGGAGUCUAUGCCAAGGUGUCGACCACGGACCUCGGGGACUUGGUCAAGAUCACCGAGGCCGCCUUGGACGAGUCGCUCCACGACGACGCCGAGGUCAGGGCAGCCUUGGCCGUGCUGGACAAGCGCCAGAAGGCCGCAACGGUCCUCCUGGCGGCGAAGCAGAUCCAGGAGCUCGCAGUGCCGAAGGUGAGCGAGGAGGUGAAGGCAUCCCAGCAGCGGAUGGAGAUGGAGCUGCCGCUGCCUUGGGGAUCAAACGUGCGCGGAGACUUUGACGACCUCGAGCGCUUCUGGGACCACAACGUCGUGGACGUGGAUUGGUCGGAGGUGAUCGGCUUUGCGGUGCCGUCCUUGCUCCCGCGGCCUGUGCAGGGCGUCGACAUCUACGGCAGCGGGGUCGGCUUCUUCGGCGGCGACGGCUGGUUCUUCGCGUGGCGUUAG